CUUCACUUGUUGUUGUGAGUAGUGUUGUUUUGUGUGUAUACCAAAAUAUUUGCUUGCUAGCCAGCUCUAGUAGCAUACUGCUUCUAAUUAACUCUACACUCUAUUAUUCUAUCAUAUCAUAUACAAAGAAAAGAACAAAAAAGAAAAAAAAGUUAUGGGAAGGCAACCUUGUUGUGACAAGCUUGGCGUGAAAAAAGGGCCUUGGACUGCCGAGGAAGACAAGAAACUCGUCAAUUUCAUUCUCACUCACGGCCAAUGCUGCUGGCGGGCUGUCCCCAAACUCGCCGGUCUCCGCCGCUGCGGCAAGAGCUGCCGCCUCCGCUGGACUAAUUAUCUCCGGCCAGACUUGAAGCGUGGCCUCCUUAAUGAAGCUGAGGAACAACUUGUUAUUGAUCUUCAUGCUCGUCUUGGCAACAGGUGGUCGAAAAUUGCAGCGAAACUACCUGGAAGAACCGACAAUGAGAUUAAGAAUCAUUGGAACACUCACAUCAAGAAAAAGCUGGUGAAGAUGGGAGUUGAUCCAGUUACGCAUGAACCUCUUAACAACGACAAUAUUAUUCAAAGCACUACUGCCCCAAAUGAAGAAAUAACAAAGCCUUGCACAGCUACUAAUAAUGAUCAUCAUGAGCAACAAGAUCUGAAAGCAGAAGAAGAUCAAGAAAAGGGUAUAACAACCACUACUAUUAGCGGCAAUGGCAUGAUGAGCCCGUCAUCAAUAGACCACUCCAAGAUUAACAUAAGCAUCAAAACUGAAAAUUCCUCCACGGAUGAAUCCCAGCCGUCUGAUUUUAACAUGUACGAUCAUGACCCUUUAAUGAGUUAUUUAUUGUCAGAGAACUUUCUCGUUGAAGAUUCUUCAUGGGACUUUCCUGCGGCCACUACUAGCACUACUACUGCUGAUAACUAUAGUGAUCAUUUUGGGGUGUAUUCUUCUUCAUCAGAAGAAACCUCAACUUGGUUACCGGAGAGUAACAAGGAUUUAGGAGAUGAUGGAGAGCUUUGGGCUUGGUUUCUUCAAUGACUACAUUAUAUAUGGGAUAAUAUAAUAUGUAUAUUUUACACCAAUCUCGACUAAAUUUUACCAAUGUGAAGAAUAAGUUUACAUACAUAGCCAAAUUAACAAAAAAAAAGGCUUAUUAAUUUGUGUAGACUUCAUAUUUGGGUUAAUACUCUUCAACAGAUCUUGGGUUUUUGUUUCCAAUUCUCUGGAGCUUAUCCUUUUGCUUGGUUUAGUCUCUUUUGGUUCUUCUAAGCAGUAACAAAUCCAUAUUAUGUAUGAAAGCAUCAACAUUUUAUAAUCGCCAUGUUGGGAACAAAAA